GACCUCCCAGGAUUUAUCGACAUCGACAGACACAUGCACGGGCUUAAUUCUGAACCAUAUGAGAGCCGUCUUGAUUGACUCUGGCGCACAGAUGUUGAGUCACGCGCAGAUCGCUUCUGAUGAACUGGACUGCAUGUAAUGUGCGGGAAAUGUGAUCGUGGACGGUCUGAAGUGACUCACACUAGUUCACUGUGGAGCUGGACUGCACACCCGGACAUGAUUAUGAGGAUGAUCGUGGUGCCGCGGACGCAUUUCGGAGAGGAAACGCAACUUAUUUUUUCAUCCUGCGCCAUGUAACUUUGGCACCGACAUGUACACCAGAAUAAAGCGACAGUUUGGAGUCGUUUGACGUACCGGCAGUCUUUUCAUUAAAAAAAUCUGGGGAAUCUUUUAUCCUGUUCAACGUAAGCACGUGCACUCCUCGCAAGGAUGCCUGGUGUCCUGGGUCUGUACAUUGGGAUGGAGGUGCUCCUCGCCCUUUCCUCUGUCAUUGGGAAUGUGAUGGUGGUCUGGGCUGUGAGAAUCAACCGAUCUCUACGAGACACGACCAUUUAUUUCAUCGUCAGUCUGGCUCUGGCGGACAUUGCUGUCGGGGCACUUGUCAUUCCUCUGGCAAUAACUAUAAGCAUCGGACUGAAGACUCAUUUUUACAGCUGUCUGCUCGUUGUAUGUACUGUCCUGGUGCUAACGCAAAGUUCAAUUCUCGCCCUCCUGGCUAUUGCUGUUGACCGCUAUCUGAGGGUCAAGAUACCAAUGAGCUAUAAAAGAGUGGUGACUCCAAAGCGUGCUGGCACAGCAGUGAUGGCAUGCUGGAUGGUGGCCAUCGUAGUCGGCCUGACGCCCAUGUUGGGCUGGAACAAUCUGGAGAAGCUACGCCAGACCAACGGCACCUUGGGUGCUGACCUUCUCGUAACCUGUGAAUUCGAGAACGUCAUCAGUAUGGAGUACAUGGUCUACUUCAACUUUUUCGGAUGGGUGCUGCCACCGCUCGUCCUCAUGUUGCUCAUCUACGCUGAGAUCUUCUACAUGAUCCACAAGCAGCUCAACAAGAAGGUCACCGUCAACCAGACCGACCCCACUCGAUAUUACGGGAAAGAACUCAAGCUGGCCAAAUCUCUCGCGCUGGUGCUCUUCUUGUUUGCAGUCAGCUGGUUGCCGUUGCAUAUUCUGAAUUGCAUCACUCUCUUCUGCCCUAGUUGUGACAAUUCAAUGUGCCUUCUUUACGUGGCUAUCUUGCUCAGUCAUGGCAACUCCGCCGUCAAUCCCAUCGUUUAUGCAUUCCGCAUUAAGAAAUUCCGGAAUGCUUUUGUUAAGAUCUGGAAACAGUAUGUGUGUUGCACGGAGAAUCCACGUCUGGGUGAUCGCCCCAGCUUUCGCAUAGAUAGCAAAGAGAGAAGACUGCGGGACAAUGACAUCUGACACUUCGCUAACCAGGUCUCCUCCAUGAGAAGCACUUUUUCAAGUAUGACAGUAUAGAUGAGUCUACAGGGAAAAUGCAGUCUGGGAUGUAUGCUGUCAGUGGUGAGAAUACGUUUGCCACAGAAAUGGAGACGAUCGAACAUUACUGGCAAUGUUUCCUUGAAAACCCAGUCAAUGAUGCAUAGAAUGAAUUGCAUCGGUAGUGAGGGACCAUUAAAUAAAUGAAAAUGGCCUGUUUUAUCGGAAUUCCCACACAGUACAACUGGCAUUCACAUCUGUGAAUCUUUAUUCGAUUAUGAUUUCCUAUUCUGCUGUGGUUCAUUCGAAUGUGGCUAUCACAUAAAGGGCUUCAUAUAAUGAAUGCAAAACUGCAGACUCGUAAAUGUCAGCGCUUAUGAGUACACUAAACUACACUCGUCUUUAGUCAGGAGCAUAAACGAAUUUGAGGACUUUGAAAAAAGGACAUUGAGAAUGUGAUCUGAGGUCAUUUUUAUAUGCCAGAGAAUUCAUGUUUUGAGAAGUAUGGGAUAUGGAGUUAUUUGUCAUUUGCUGCUUUUUAUGACUAGCGCAAAUAGUAGGCAGCUAGGCCCACUUUGCCUUAAAUGGAUAGUUUAUAAAAACUGAAAAUUCUGUCAUCAUUUACACACCCUCAUCAUGUCAUAUGAGAAUUCAGAGUUGUUUUGGACCCCAUUGACUUUCAUUCAAAACUGCUAAAACAUUCAUUAAAAUGGCUUUGUUUAGCAAAAGAAAAUCAUGCAUGUUUGAUUAAAAGAUGACAAAACUUUCAUUUUUGGGUGAACUAUCACUUUAGGCAGAAAUUUGCAUGAUCCUAUUAGUCCAGUAUCAGCAAUGUUGCUUUUGCCGUGUUAUGACACUUUUUUGUUAUAUUGUUUUUGUCUAAAUGAAAUAGUUUGCCUUAUUAAUACUCAUCUCUACUGUGUGUUUAACAGAAUAACCACUGAAAAUUGACGAUGCGUUCUCAUAUUUGUUUUGGUGAGAAAAUCAUGUUUGCGUGAGGAAAUAAGAAAUGCAGCCUCCGAUUUCACUGCAUGAUGUUGAAAUGAAACAAAACUGUAGGCGGUUAGCAUUUAAUAUUUAGAUUGCUCAAAACUGGGGGCCUGAGAAAAGAUAGACAGGAAGGAACCAUGAAUAAAUCUAGAUUGAAUGAUACUGCUAGAGGUCUUGUGUGUGUGUGUGUGUGUGUGUGUGUG